CAUUACAUUACAUUACAUGAUAUUACCUUACCUGACAUUACCCAUUACCUACCUACCUACCUACCUACCUCCCUACCUACCUACUUUCACAAGAUUCUACACAUAACCUUAAACACAAUCUUUUUCCUAAGACUUUAAACAUCCACUCAAAAACUUCCGACCCCUGCUUAUCCCUCCUACUUUCUCCCCUCCCUUCUUGUCUCACUGGAAAUUUUAAUCCAUUCUACACCUUCCUUCACCCAAAUCUCAGAAUUCCAGAAAUCCUGAGAUUUUAGAUUUGCUCAUCAAAUUUUCCGAGAUAUUUACUAAAAUGUCUUCCAUUUCGCAGGCUAUUAAAAACGCCCUCCAUCGUGGUACGUUUUCAGAGUCGACUACGAACCCAAAAUUACCAACAACGCACUUGCUGCCUCUGUGCUUCUUUCACUUUUUUUUUUCACAGUCAAAACUUUAAAUACUGAUCAUGAAUUUAGGCAAGGGAGGUGCGAAGGCCAAUGAAGACAACACCAAGAAAGCUUCGCCUGCUGCCCCAACAGUCGCUCAACAUCAUGCUGCCAGAUCAGAUCCGAACGUAAUGGCCCAUCAAGCAAAUCAAGUACCUGGAGGAGAUGCAUCCUCAGCUGCGAAUGAGGACAAUAGAAAUAGAGGGGCAGCAGGACAACAGCAAACCAGAGGACCCAAUACAGAAGAAUUGGCAAGACUAGUGGCAGCAGAAAAUGAGAACAAAAACAAAUUACCAAGAUACCCGGGGCUCGAGCGAUGGCAACUCGUUGAGAAAAUGGGUGAUGGAGCAUUCAGCAAUGUCUACAAGGCCGUCGACUUGGAAGGGAGAGCUGGAAAGGUGGCAAUCAAAGUUGUCCGAAAAUUUGAGAUGAACUCUAAUCAGGUAAGUACCUAUGAGACCUUUCAUUUUCUUUUUGCUCUUUAUGCUUUCUUGAACCGUGCCAACAAUGAGUGGUAGGGCGAUGCUCAUCUUCAUCCAAACUUCAACAAGAAGCAACCCAAGGGCGUGGAGGUGCGAAAACAUUUUUCAUCUAUUCUUAUAAAAAAACAUUCCACGCGGUAUCGAUCAUAACUAACUCGACGUGAUUUUGGCAGAGGGCAAAUAUUCUCAAGGAAGUUCAAAUCAUGCGAGGUUUAGAUCAUCCUAAUAUCAUCAAACUCAUCGAAUUUUCCGAAUCCAGACAAUACUACUAUCUUGUGUUGGAGUUGGCACCGGGUGGAGAAUUAUUCCAUCAAAUUGUUCGACUCACUUAUUUCAGUGAGAAAUUAUCAAGACACGUUAUUACUCAAGUUGCCGAAGCAUUACUUUACCUUCACGAAACCCAGGGUGUUGUCCACAGGUGAAGAAUUUCCCCCUCCCUUCCCUUCUUCCCCCACCCCACUUUUGUUCUUUAUUAUUUGGUAAGCAGCAACACUGACGUCAUUUCACAGAGACAUCAAGCCGGAAAACAUUUUAUUCGACCCAAUACCAUUUAUUCCAACCAGAAAUCCAAAGCCAAGAUCCGCUGAAGAUGAGGAUAAGGUUGAUGAGGGUGAAUUCACCAUAGGUGUGGGAUCCGGUGGCAUUGGAAGAAUCAAGAUUGCCGAUUUUGGUCUGAGUAAGGUCGUAUGGGAUAGUCAAACCAUGACCCCGUGUGGUACCGUCGGGUAUACCGCUCCAGAAAUUGUCAGGGAUGAACGAUAUUCGAAAAGUGUCGACAUGUGGGCAUUAGGUUGCGUUCUUUAUACCUUGCUCUGCGGGUUCCCACCAUUUUAUGACGAAAGUAUUCAACUCUUGACUGAAAAGGUUGCCACAGGUCAAUACACAUUUCUCUCCCCAUGGUGGGAUGACAUCUCGAAGUCUGCGCAGGACCUUGUCUCGCAUUUAUUAACUGUGGAUCCCAAGAAGAGAUAUACAAUUGAACAAUUCCUCCAACAUCCGUGGAUUCGAGGUACCGAUCAACCUACUUACGCGGCGCUCGACGCUCCGCCAUUUGCUACUCCAUCUGUCGAACGUCAACUCAACUUUGGUGGUGGCUUACGAGCCUUCAACCCCGAUCUUUUGGAGUCCCCUGGUGCUGGCAAACGUAUGGAUUUCCGAAGUCCUGGUGCUGUCAACUUACGUGAGGUAUUCGACGUGGGCUAUGCUGUUCACAGACAAGAAGAGGAAGCCAAGCGCAAGAAGAAUUUCAAGCACGGUUACAGAGGAGGGUCUGCUGCCAUGAACCCUCUCAACCCUAUCGAUGACGACGAAGACUUUGAUGAGAGCGACGAAGGUGACUACGAGGAUAACGGAGCAUCUUCCAAGGUGCCAAAAUCAGGGCAAUCAGAUGUUGCACAAGUCGGCGAGACGUUGCGAAAUACGAAAUUGAACUCAAAGUCCGCUCUUCCGGCUAAGGGAUAUGGUCAGCAUAGUCCUACGGUGACAGCAGCUGCAAAGCAACAGGUUAGAAAUAAAAGUGGCCCUUUCGAACUCAACCUCGAUGGAGCAACUCUACUUGGACGUCGCCACAAACAGGUACCGCCCAGUAGUCUGAGGGAAUCAACGGUCGUGCAAUAGUCACGGCCUUGGGAAUGGUGGAAUCUACUUGCUUGUUUUCAAUUUUUAUUCUCGUGGAUCCGGGUCUAAGGCACUAUUUAACUCCGAUCACGUUUCAAGUGGCAAUAUUGAUAUCGUUUCACAACUUUGCUUUCAUUGCAACGUAUUUGAGAGUCCGGCGGUAGCUAGUGGCCAUCAUUUUCUUACUCGUCUACUUCCGGCGCGAACUUGCUUGUCGAACAACAUCGAAUUUGGGUUGACCAAGCAAGACCAUCCGAGAGCGACGCCACAUUACAUACAAUUCAUCAUACGGGACGGUUUAUUUGUGUUUCUCAUUCGUUGGUUCACAUUGGCGUCUGGAGAUGGAAAUAAAUUUCCGGGUUAUAUAAUGCGGUGACGACUGAUGGUAAUCAAUGGGCUCUUAUCGUAAUUUGGUUUCUUUUCUUUUCAUGGGAGUGCUUCAUUUGAAGGCACUAUGUUUACUGACCACACGAGGCUACGAUCAAGGAAAGUGCUGGCUGCAGCAGUACUAUCCUAAUGUUUUUAGAUCCUUAUUAUUUCAUUCUCUUCUUUAGGUUCGGGCUUUAUGCAUUCAGAAAUUUUUUUAUGCGUUUGGGGUUGGUUUGGAAGGCAGAUAAAUGAUGGUGGGUUAGUAAAUAGAUUAAAGAUCAAUGGAGUUUUAGUACAU